AUGAUCAGUCCCUCCGUCCCGAGAAUGCUGUUUCGCAGGCUGGAGAAUUACCUACUCUGCUUGUUCACAGCGUCCAUUAUCUGGUGGCGCCUUGCUAUACAGCCCCCCGUAAACAAAGACGCUCUUGCUCAUAUUCCAGAAGUUCGUUUCGAUGAGAAUGAUACACCUGAGCGGUAUACCCAGGACUCGCGGUCUCUCCUGUUUAAAUGCUAUGACAAGUACCUGCGCAAUGGGAUCCCCGUCCAAAUGCGAAACCCCAUUGGGGAGCUAGGCCCACAGGUCCUGCUGCCUAUGAAGUAUCUGGAUGAAGUUAAAUAUGCAUCGACUCAUCUUUUCAGCUUCCCUCUAUUCUCAGAGAAGGUGUUUCUUCUCAAUUACAGCGAUGCGCCGCAACAGACGGAUGCGGCAGCGCAUGUAGUUCGCGUGGAGUUGACAAAGAAUCUCGGUAUGCUAGCAAACGGCAUGUACCAGGAGGCGGUAGAAGGAUUGCAGGCAAAUCUACCUGAUUCUAAGGAAUGGAACACCGUCCCGGCUUAUAGCCUCCUGGCCAAUGUGACAGCCCGAGUAACCGCGCUGGCGCUAGUGGGACCCGAGCUCUGCCGGAAUCGCGAAUGGAUUGAUAUCUCGCUCCAAACCACCUUUGCCAUAUUCAACGCCGCAUUUAGCAUCCGCGCCAAGUACUCCCCUGGUUGGAGAUGGCUGGCUCGCUGGCAGAGCGAUGCUCCAAGGAAGAUGCGGGCGAUGCGGGCCAGAGCAGUCGAGUUGCUUACUCCUUGUUAUGAAGAACGACUAACAGCUGUAACGGAACACAGUUCCCGGAAUUACAUUGAUUGUCUGCACUGGCUGCUUAAUAUGAAUACAGGCGACAAGUCGCUUGGUCAAAUCGCGGACGAACAGUUGUUUCUGACUGUUGCAUCUAUGCAUACCACCUCUUCAAGUCUGACAUCGGUCCUGUAUGAUCUGCUCAUUCGCCCAGAGUAUUGUGCUGAGAUUACUCAGGAGGUGCACGACGCUUUGGCAGAGUGUGGUGGAAACUGGACCUUACAGCAGGUGGCCAAGAUGAAGAAGUUGGAUAGCUUCAUGAAGGAGAGUCAGCGGGUCCAUCCCAUCGGCUUUACUCAACGUGUCACAGUCCGUUCACAUACCUUCAAAGACGGCCUCCAUCUCCCAGCGGGUGUGAUAUUCCAAUUUCCCGCCGACGCGGUGCACCACGAUCCAGAAAUCUACCCGGAUCCGAACCGGUUUGAUGGCUAUCGUUUCCUUCGUCUCCGGGAGACGGUCGAUCCGAAUCGCUUUCAUUUUGCGUCGGUCUCCGAUACAAUGCUGGGGUUUGGAGCUGGUUCCCACGCUUGUCCGGGAAGAUUCUUUACUGCACUGGCCAUCAAGCUGAUCCUGGUGGUGCUUUUGACCCAGUAUGAAGUCAAACUGGCGGACUCCAAGGAUGGAUGUCGGCCGCCAAGCACAUUUCAUGACUUUAACAUGGGUCCCAGUCAAGAGGCCCAGAUCAUGCUGCGGAGGUCACUUUCUAGUACCUGA